AUGACCGUCUGCCGGUCCGCAAGCCUCGCUGUAUACUUCCAGUCGCCCUUCUCGGCACCCGACGUCACCCUCACCACCACAAUGAACUUUUUCAAGCCCGCCGCGCUCGUCACCGCCGUCUUCGCUGCCACUGCGGCCGCGACUCCCGUCGCUAUCCCUAACCCGGCCGAGGCGGCGGUCGCGCCCCAGGUCAGCGCCCCCUCUGAGAACCUCUUCCUGUAA